AUGCGUUCUCUCGCGCGCUCUCUCAUGCGCUCUCUCACACGCUCUCUCAUGCACUCUCUCACGCGCUCUCUCACGCGCUCUCUCACACGCUCUCCCACGCGCACACUCACGCCCUCACUCACUCGCACACUCAUGCGCUCUCUCACACUCUCUCUCACGUGCUCUCCCACACGCUCUCCCAGGCCUCUCUCACGCGCUCUCUCACGCGCUCUCUCAUGCGUUCUCUCGCGUGCUCUCUCACGCGCUCUCUCGCGCGCUCUCUCACGCGCUCUCUCACGCGGUCUCACACGCGUUCUCUAUCGCGCUCUCUCACGCGCUCUCUCACGCACUCUCUCAAGCGUUCCCUCACGCGCUCCCUCACGCGCUCUCUCAUGCGCUCUCUCACGCGCUCUCACACGCGCUCUCUCACGCGCUCUCUCAUACGCUCUCUCACACGCUCUCUCACGUGCUCUCCCACACGCUCUGCCACGCGCUCUCUUACGCGCUCUCACGCGCUCUCUCAUGUGCUCUCUCACGUGUGCCCUCACGCGCUCACUAACGCGCACCCUUACGCGCUCUCUCACGCGCACUCUCACGCGCUCUCUCACGCGCUCUCUCAUACGCUCUCUCACGCGCCUCUCACGCGCACUCUCACGCGCACAAUCACGCGCUCUCGCACGCACUCUCUCAUGCACUCUCUCACGCGCUCCCUCACGCGCUCUCUCACGCGCUCUCUCAAACGCUCUCUCACGCGCUCUCUCGCGCGCUCUCUCACACGCUCCCUCUCGCGCUCUCUCACGCGCUCUCUCACGCGCUCUCUCACGCGCUCCCUCACGCGCUCUCUCACGCGCUCUCUCUCACGCGCUCUCUCACGCGCUCUCACACGCGUUCUCUAUCGUGCUCUCUCACGCGCUCUCUCACGCGCUCUCUCAAGCGUUCCCUCACGCGCUCCCUCACGCGCUCUCUCACGCGCUCUCUCACGCGCUCUCUCACACGCUCUCUCACGCGCACACUCACGCCCUCACUCACGCCCUCACUCACGCGCUCUCUCAUACGUUCUCUCACACGCUCUCUCACGUGCUCUCCCACACGCUCUGCCACGCGCUCCCUUACGCGCUCUCACGCGCUCUCAUGCGCUCUCUCACGUGUGCCCUCACGCGCUCACUAACGCGCACCCUUACGCGCUCUCUCACGCGCACUCUCACGCGCUCUCUCACGCGCUCUCUCACAUGCUCUCUCACGCGCCUCUCACGCGCACUCUCACGCGCACAAUCACGCGCUCUCGCACGCACUCUCUCAUGCACUCUCUCACGCGCUCCCUCACGCGCUCUCUCACGCGCUCUCUCAAACGCUCUCUCACGCGCUCUCUCGCGCGCUCUCUCACACGCUCCCUCUCGCGCUCUCUCACGCGCUCUCUCACGCGCUCUCUCACGCGCUCCCUCACGCGCUCUCUCACGCGCUCUCUCUCACGCGCUCUCUCACGCGCUCUCACACGCGUUCUCUAUCGUGCUCUCUCACGCUCUCUCUCACGCGCUCUCUCAAGCGUUCCCUCACGCGCUCCCUCACGCGCUCUCUCACGCGCUCUCUCACGCGCUCUCUCACACGCUCUCUCACGCGCACACUCACGCCCUCACUCACGCCCUCACUCACGCGCUCUCUCAUACGUUCUCUCACACGCUCUCUCACGUGCUCUCCCACACGCUCUGCCACGCGCUCCCUUACGCGCUCUCACGCGCUCUCAUGCGCUCUCUCACGUGUGCCCUCACGCGCUCACUAACGCGCACCCUUACGCGCUCUCUCACGCGCACUCUCACGCGCUCUCUCACGCGCUCUCUCACAUGCUCUCUCACGCGCCUCUCACGCGCACUCUCACGCGCACAAUCACGCGCUCUCGCACGCACUCUCUCAUGCACUCUCUCACGCGCUCCCUCACACGCUCUCUCACGCGCUCUCUCACGCGCUCUCUCAAGCGUUCCCUCACGCGCUCCCUCACGUGCUCUCUCAUGCGCUCUCUCACGCGCUCUCUCACGCGCUCUCUCACACGCUCUCUCACGCACACACUCACGCCCUCACUCACGCCCUCACUCACGCGCUCUCUCAUACGCUCUCUCACACGCUCUCUCACGUGCUCUCCCACACGCUCUGCCAUGCGCUCUCUUAUGCGCUCUCACGCGCUCUCUCAUGCGCUCUCUCACGUGUGCCCUCACGCGCUCACUAACGCGCACCCUUACGCGCUCUCUCACGCGCACUCUCACGCGCUCUCUCACGCGCUCUCUCAUACGCUCUCUCACGCGCCUCUCACGCACACUCUCACGCGCACAAUCACGCGCUCUCGCACGCACUCUCAUGCACUCUCUCACGCGCUCCCUCACGCGCUCUCUCACGCGCUCUCUCAAACGCUCUCUCACGCGCUCCCUCACGCGCUCUCUCACGCUCUCUCACGCGCCCUCUCACGCGCUCUCUCACACGCUCCCUCUCGCGCUCUCUCACCCACUCUCUCACGCGCUCUCUCACGCGCUCCCUCAUGCGCUCUCUCACGCGCUCUCUCACGCGCUCUCUCAAGCGUUCCCUCACACACUCCCUCACGCGCUCUCUCACGCGCUCUCUCACGCGCUCUCUCACACGCUCUCUCACGCGCACACUCACGCCCUCACUCACGCCCUCACUCACGCGCUCUCUCAUACGUCGUCGACGUAG